CCUAGUCUGAGAUCUGUUUUUCCUCCUGCUUCUGCCGCCCUCAUAUUUCUAGCCACCCGUUCUGUCUUAGAGCUCCAGCCCCGGGCUGGCGGCUGGAUGUCAGGAGCGCCACAGGGUGGGGAGGCAGCAGCAGUGGUAGCAGUUGGGACUGAUCGUCCAGCUCCUCGGCCGCUGCAGAGGCAAAGUUGGCUGCCGUGGUCGUGCAGGGGUUGGGACUGCUUUUGCUUCUUUCUCCCUCCUUCUCCUCCACCUACUGGGGAGCGGGGCAGCUGUCCUCUCAGGCACGCACUUUGCGAUGCUCUCUGAGUCUGGAGGCGCGCACAGCGGCCAUCCCUCGCGCUUGCCCCUCACUGGGCUCCAAGCUUCUUGAUUCCGAACCCACCCUCCUUUCCCUGUGAGCUUGGGAGGGUUCUCUUCGCUCCACCUCUAGAGAAGCCCCGUGCUAGCUUCUUCCCCGCCUCUUCCUUCGCCCCUCAGGGCUCCCUAGAAUCUACCAAGCUGCUGCCCCGCGCCCGGGGCUCCCUGUGGCGCUCCGGGCGGCGCAGGGCUCCGGGUGCGGGUAAAGAAACCAGAGAAGAGCGGCCGCAGCCCUCUCAGGGAGCCAGCUUAGAGCUAGCGUGGGAGACAAGAAGAGCGGGGCGUCUCAUUGACCUGCGUACCCUGGCUAACUGGAGGAAGGUUCUGCUCUCUCCCUACUGUUCCGCUGGUUGCCCUGGGGUGCAGCUACUGGGUCACCUUGUUUCCGGAAAAUGGGAGCCAUUAGGCAAAUGUGACCUGCGUUUUCAAGAUACCAGCUAACAAUACUGCAGGGGAAGCAAAAGCAAUAUGGAUGGCUUAAUUGAACAGAAUAGUGUACUAAUGCAUAGUAAAAUCAGUGAAGCUGGGAAAAGGAAUGGCUUAAUUAACACCAGAAACUUAAUGGCAGAAAAUAGAGAUGGCCUGGUAUCUGUUUACCCAACACCCCAGUAUCAGACUCAUAUAGUGGGGAAUAUCUCAUCCCAGAGCUGCCUAGACAACAGCAGGAAUGAUCCAGUGCAGCAGUUACUGGAUCCCAACACACUUCAACAGACUGUGGAAUCUCACUAUCGCCCCAACAUCAUCCUGUACUCAGAGAAUGUGCUGCGUUCUUGGGGGGAGAGUGGGAGUUCAGACUGCUGUGAGACCACGUUUAUUGAGGACCGCUCACCUACCAAAGAUAGUCUCGAGUAUCCUGAUGGAAAAUUCAUCGACCUUUCCUCAGAUGACAUCAAAAUCCAUACUCUCUCCUAUGAUGUAGAAGAAGAAGAGGAGUUCCAGGAACUAGAGGUCCUUGAGAGUGACUAUUCCAGUGACACAGAGAGUGAGGACAACUUUCUGAUGAUGCCUCCACGGGAUCAUCUGGGCCUCAGUGUUUUCUCCAUGCUCUGCUGCUUCUGGCCUUUGGGAAUUGCUGCCUUUUAUUUGUCCCAUGAGACUAACAAAGCUGUGGCCAAGGGUGACUUCCACCAAGCCAGCACCAGUUCCCGACGAGCACUCUUCCUGGCUGUGCUCUCUAUCACCAUUGGAACUGGCCUCUACGUGGGAGUGGCCGUGGCACUGAUUGCCUAUCUCUCCAAAAACAAUCACUUGUGAGCCCCUGGCAAAGGGAGUAAGAGGGAAGAACUCAAUGGAUGAAGAGAAAACAGAGCUGAGCAGAUGGUGAGAAGAUGAGCCCUUGGCAUGGGGGACCAGGAAGACAAACCCAUGUGAUAUUGUACAUUAUGAAUCACAAAACAACUCCAUGAAGCCCUGAAUUUUUUGAUCUCCAUUUUUUUUCUUUUUGGCCUUUUAAAGGUCUUUUGCACCAGUGUGCUGAGGAGACAGGAGAACUGAAUACUUUUAGGAAGAAGAGUCCAGUGGAGAUCCCAAAUUGUGAGGCACCUUAGGUUUGUUUCUAGCUGGCUAAUGCAUACUGUGUCUACAUCACAGUCACAAGAAGCGCAACACUAACAGUGCUAUUAAUAGGCAAACAGAAUGGAUUUAUUUGUAUGGACUAUAAGACUCAAAAGACAGAGAGUGCAAGGGAUACACCAUAAUUUCACAUUGGCACUGCUUGAUCCCUUUUGCACAACUUUGAUAUCCCCCAUAAGAAUAUGACAGACAAAAAUUAUCUCCCUGUCUUCUUAAGCUGGGUAUGAGGGGCUAACCAGCUCCUAGGGCCUGUUCCCAGCUGACACUAUCCCAUGAGCCAGCCCAACCCCAGAAUGCAGGACCAGAAUAGCAUGGAAUCUGUCUUCAUCCCCACCACUGCUUCUUCUCCAUGGUGACUAUAAAAUGAGGCCACAAUGGGCCCUCUCUCAGAGUUUUGAAAUCAGUGAGAGACCAGGUGCUUCUGUGAAAAGAGGAGAAUGGCAAAGAAAGGCCUGAACCCAAAUAAGAAAGAGGAGCAAAGCAUCCCUCCUAUGGAUUCCUCCCUGUGCACAGCUGAGCCGAACAUGAGCAUUGUAACCUCAUGGCAACAGAGCUUACCAGUACCAAGACUGGAGACUCAGCCUCAGAAUGAAAAAAAAAAUAUUGGGACGUUUAUUUUCUUUGCUUUGUUGUCACUCACCUCAAUGAUAAGCAAUGUACCUAGCUAUCUUGUGAAAGAGUUGAACGCUAUCCUUUGUUGACUAAAUGAAUAGCUUAUUUUCUCUUCAUAUUUUUUUUAAAGUAGCAAUCAUUGCUUCGUGUUGCUCAGUUUAUCAGAUGAAUGCUGAGAAAGUAAUAAUCACAGCCAUUUUAAUACUGUUUCAUGUCUAUUUUCCCAGUGCUAUUUAUUUAACAAAAAUAUCUUUUAGGA